UGGUGGCUCAGAGCUCCCACUCAUUGGGAGAAUUCAUCUCAGACUGACACACACACUCUACAAAUGGUUGUUCAAGUGACUCCAAGGAUUCGCCAGGGCAGCAAGUCAAUGGAGGGCAGAGAGCAGAAGGUGGAGGCCAAUGUUUUGCUUCUGGGAGCUGAGAAUGUAGGGAAAUCUGCACUAACAGUGCGUUUCCUGACGAGAAGAUUCAUUGGGGAAUAUGGUGAUAUAGAGUCAAUCUACAGUCACUGUGAUAAGAUUGAUGGUCGUGAGAUUUGCUUCAACAUCUGGGACUCACUUUGCCCACAGAACACCAAAAGCAAUGACCCUGGAUACAUCACUGAUCAACAGCUGGAGUGGACAGAUGGUUUUAUCUUGGUCUACAGCAUCUGUGAUAGAGCCAGCUUUAAUGUAGUCCAGAAACAGGUUCAGUGGAUCCGACAAGCCAAAGCUAAGAUCUCGGCUCCCAUCAUCAUUGUAGGAAACAAACGGGACCUCCAGCACAGACGGGCCGUGUCGAGCGAGGAAGGACGUCUACUGGCCCUCUCUGCAGACUGCGGCUUCUUUGAGAUUUCUGCAGCUGAGACGUACCACGGCGUGUUGGUGGUGUUUCAUGAACUUUUCGAUCUUAUUCGGGAGUCCAGGGUGCCUAAGAAAGGGGCUGCUGGAUUCAAGGGCAUCGUUAGAAGCAUGUCUGCCGUGUUUGGGAGGAAACGGACUGAAUAGACUAAAGACUUUUCUCAAGAGAAAAUGCCACACUCUUAAAAAUGAAUGUGCCAAAAAAGGUUCUGUGGAGAAAUUCCACAAAAAAAAGAACAUUUAUUUUUAAGAGUGCACUUUAAGAAAUCCAUAUUGGAUCAAGACUGUACAUGUUUGGGUGGGGGGGGCAUGAAUGAUGAAUAUAAAUGGACAGUCAUACAUGUAUGUGACAUUCUUUUGGGGGGGCUUUGUGUUCAGAUUGUCAAUAGGUCAGAAUCCGCAUGAACAACAACUAUGCUGUCAUUAACCAACACUGCCUGCAACAAUAGCCAUACUGUAUUUGUCUAUGCAAAACAACAACCCCCCUCCCCCCCCAAAGUGGGAUCAGAAAUGUAUUUCUUUUAACAGUCACUUGAGCUUAAUUUUUCGAAGCUCAUUGUUAGACUGUCAUUCAGUCACAUGGACCAUGAACUAUUAGCACUCUGUUGCCUUGACUGGGAGAAGAUGUUUGGAUGGACAUUUUAAUUACUAACUUAUGUUUCAUAGAAGGUUUUGGCAUAUUUUUUUUACAUUUAAAAUGUCAGGAAUGUUGUACAUAUUGUUAAUAGUAUAGAGAAAGCUAUGUUUAUGAUUUUUUAAAAAAAUAAAACAUGAAAUGUUAA